AUGUAAUGGUAAAGAUGACGAAACUGUAUAAAAUAGUUGAAUAAAGAGGGAAGAAAGGAAAAAUAGUGCAAAGAGGAAGGAAGGUGAUAGAAAACGGGGGUAGUGUGUUAGAGGGUUGGGCGGUCGAGGUGCGAAUAGUGCGCAUGCGCGCAGACUCGGAAUGUCUCGAAUAGUUUCGAGACGGCAGUCGAACGGAGACCGUAGUAUCGUGCAGACGGGGGUGAUUUUCACCGAGUUUGUGCGCACGAAGAACCUUUAACCUUUAACCUUUCCCUGUCUCGCGCGCACUCUUUAUCCGUUUCUUCUCUCUUUCUCUCUGUCUCUCUAUCUUUAUUUCACACAUUAGACCGAUGCAAUAGCAAAUCAAACAUACACAAGAGGAGAGAAAGAGGAAUGGAAUAUCCGAUAUACAGGCUUCGUACGUAACGGACGAACGGACACGAGGCCACGGACAUAUCUGUGAAACGGAAGACACGCUCGCGUGCGCGCGCAUGCAAAACGAGGCUCGUCGAUGCGCGGAUGUCGUGUGGCUGACUGGUCGCUGAUAACAUGCGUUACGUCCGGGUCAGCCAGUCUCUAUGAAAAGGGGCAUCAAAGAAAAAGCCAAAGCCUCGGCUCGUUUUGAUAAUCGCAUUUCACGCGGCAGCAGCGGCGACAAGCGGCAACCGCCCGCAACACCGAACGGAACGGGCGUCCGUGACACGAUCCAGGGAAUCGAGCGAUUCCGUUGUUCGUGGUUGCAAAUACGAGUGGUCCGAAAGCGCGAAUAAAUGUGUCGGUCACGGUACAAGACGUGAAGCGGGGGCAUACACGGCAAGUGAGUAUAUUUUUAGUGGCAAGCGCCAAGCGCUAAGCAGAGUGGUAUAAACGGGGCGCGCAGUGGCCUGAUGAAGCGGCGUAUGUGACAUCAAAUUUCUCUCUCUUGCCACCUCGAAGACACCGAGACAUCUUGCAGACCAUCCGCGCUGUUGGUUCUCCAAUUACCUGGAGGCCAGUGGUGUCAGUGACACCAGAGAAUAAUACGAGCUGCUAGCGUGAAGAAGUAUAGUAGAGUUGGCUUAGGCCAACCCCGGUGAACGAGGCAAAAUGGCAACAAUAGAUGGCCGACCAGCCCAAUAUGGUAUCACUCUCAAGCAACUUCGUGAGCUCAUGGAGCUCAGAGGACGCGAAGGUGUCAAUAAAAUCAAUAGUUAUGGUGGUGUGCAGGAGAUUUGUAAAAAGCUAUAUACUUCACCUAACGAAGGUCUUAGUGGAUCGGCGGCAGAUAUCCAACAUAGACGUGACACAUUUGGUUCCAAUAUGAUACCUCCAAAACCACCAAAAACGUUUCUACAAUUAGUAUGGGAAGCUUUGCAAGAUGUAACAUUAAUCAUCUUAGAAGUUGCGGCAUUGGUUUCGUUAGGUCUUAGCUUUUAUCACCCAUCAGAUGAGGAAGACGACGAAGAACACGUGUCGAUAGAUGAGGAUGAAGCAAAAUACGGUUGGAUCGAAGGACUUGCUAUAUUGAUUUCUGUAAUUGUGGUCGUAUUAGUAACCGCUUUCAAUGACUAUUCUAAAGAAAGACAAUUCAGGGGUCUCCAAAGUCGAAUAGAAGGGGAACAUAAAUUUUCUGUCAUUCGACAAGGAGAGGUUAAACAGAUCUCUGUAUCUGACAUUGCUGUGGGUGACAUAUGUCAGAUAAAAUAUGGAGACCUGCUGCCUGCAGAUGGUAUCCUUAUACAAAGCAACGAUCUCAAGGUGGAUGAAUCCAGUUUAACCGGGGAAUCGGACCAUGUUAAAAAGGGAGAAUCGUUCGAUCCCAUGGUACUCUCAGGUACACACGUGAUGGAGGGCUCUGGAAAAAUGUUAGUUACCGCAGUAGGUGUUAACUCACAGGCUGGUAUUAUCUUCACUUUGUUGGGUGCUGCUGUUGAUCAGCAAGAGCAAGAAAUCAAGAAGAUGAAGAAAGAGGCUAAGAAGCAGCGGAAGAAGAAGUCAUUAACAGGAGACGAAGCUGUAGAGAUAACUGGAAACAGUCACGUCAGCGGAGGUGGGAAACACGAGGGUGGAGAGAACCAUCAGGCACCGAGUCACGGAGGUGGUGGAGAAGGGAAGAAAGAAAAGAGUGUUCUUCAAGCCAAGCUAACUAAACUCGCCAUACAAAUCGGUUAUGCCGGCUCGACCAUAGCAGUGCUUACCGUUGUCAUUCUAGUCAUUCAGUUCUGCGUAACGACGUUUGUCAUAGAGAAGAGAGCUUGGAAAAAUACGUACGCUAAUGAUCUGGUGCGGCAUUUGAUCAUUGGUGUAACGGUACUCGUAGUCGCCGUUCCCGAAGGUCUUCCUCUAGCUGUCACCUUGUCUCUCGCUUAUUCAGUUAAGAAAAUGAUGAAAGACAACAAUUUGGUGCGACAUUUGGAUGCCUGCGAAACGAUGGGUAACGCAACAGCAAUUUGUUCGGACAAGACUGGUACCCUGACUACCAACCGGAUGACGGUCGUUCAGUCGUACAUAUGCGAGAAGAUGAGCAAGACGAUUCCAAAGUUCUCGGAUAUACCGAGCCACGUUGGAAACCUGAUAGUUCAAGCUAUCUCUAUUAAUUCGGCGUACACAUCCAGAAUAAUGCCCUCGCAGGAUCCUACAGAGUUGCCGCUUCAAGUCGGCAAUAAAACCGAAUGUGCCUUACUUGGAUUCGUAGUAGCCCUGGGCAUGAACUAUCAGACGAUACGAGACGAUCAACCUGAGGAAACCUUUACGCGGGUGUACACGUUCAAUAGCGUUAGGAAGAGCAUGUCUACCGUCGUCCCGAGGAAAGGUGGUGGAUAUAGGCUCUUCACCAAGGGCGCUUCCGAGAUCAUUAUGAAGAAAUGUGCCUUUAUAUAUGGUCGCGAAGGUCAUUUGGAGAAAUUUACCAGAGAGAUGCAGGACCGUCUGGUAAAGAACGUAAUCGAGCCAAUGGCGUGCGACGGACUUCGUACCAUCUCCGUCGCUUAUCGUGACUUCGUUCCUGGCAAGGCAGAGAUCAAUCAGGUUCACAUCGACAACGAGCCGAAUUGGGACGACGAGGAGAAUAUAGUGAACAAUCUAACGUGUCUGUGCAUCGUUGGUAUCGAGGAUCCGGUACGUCCGGAGGUGCCGGACGCGAUUAGAAAGUGUCAGAAGGCGGGUAUCACUGUGCGAAUGGUGACGGGAGACAAUAUAAACACUGCACGUUCGAUCGCUCUGAAAUGUGGCAUCCUGAAGCCGAACGAGGACUUCCUUAUCUUGGAGGGUAAAGAGUUCAACAGGAGGAUCAGAGAUAGCAACGGUGAAGUACAACAGCAUCUUUUGGACAAAGUGUGGCCAAAGUUGAGGGUGUUGGCUAGAUCCUCGCCGACAGACAAAUACACCCUGGUUAAGGGUAUUAUCGAUAGUAAAGCGACCGUCAGUCGCGAGGUCGUUGCCGUUACCGGCGACGGUACGAACGACGGUCCAGCUUUGAAGAAAGCUGACGUCGGUUUCGCCAUGGGUAUCGCCGGUACCGACGUAGCCAAGGAAGCUUCCGAUAUUAUUCUAACGGACGAUAAUUUCUCGUCGAUCGUGAAAGCAGUUAUGUGGGGUAGAAACGUCUACGAUAGUAUAGCAAAGUUCUUGCAGUUUCAGCUGACUGUCAAUGUCGUCGCUGUUAUAGUUGCUUUUAUCGGGGCAUGUGCCGUGCAAGAUUCCCCCCUUAAAGCGGUGCAGAUGUUGUGGGUGAAUUUAAUCAUGGACACGUUAGCGUCUCUCGCAUUGGCCACCGAAUUGCCUACGUCUGAUCUUCUUCUCCGCAGACCGUACGGUCGCACGAAACCGCUCAUCUCCAGGACAAUGAUGAAGAACAUUCUCGGUCAAGCUGUCUAUCAGUUGACCGUCAUUUUUAUGCUUCUUUUCGUUGGUGAUAAGAUGCUCGACAUCGAAACAGGCCGAGGAGUAGCACAGGCUGGCGGCGGUCCAACGCAGCACUUCACCGUCAUCUUCAACACGUUCGUCAUGAUGACUCUUUUCAACGAAUUUAACGCCAGGAAAAUCCAUGGUCAGCGUAAUGUCUUCCAAGGAAUAUUCACCAACCCCAUCUUUUAUUCUAUCUGGGUCGGCACGUGUUUGUCACAGGUACUUAUCAUACAGUACGGUAAAAUGGCGUUCAGCACGAAAGCUCUCACAUUAGAACAAUGGAUGUGGUGCCUGUUCUUCGGAGUCGGUACUCUAUUGUGGGGCCAAAUAAUUACGACAAUUCCUACGCGCAAGAUUCCUAAAAUCCUUUCAUGGGGCCGCGGCCAGCCGGAUGAUAUCGGUGUGAUCAAUCUCGGAGAUGAGAAAUUCGACCCUGACUCGGAUAAAAAGCCGCGCACAGGACAAAUUCUAUGGAUCCGUGGUCUAACGCGACUACAGACACAGAGGAUCAAAGAAGGCAAAGCGAUAAGGUGAUCAAGGUUUCACUUUGUAGUUGAACCAAAAGUCACUAUAAAGGACAUCGUCAUCUUAGUUUCUUUCCACACUCCAAAGAUGGAUAGCGAACGAGGAACACAGCACUUAUAUUUUACUUGUCAUUGGUGAUACAAAGUGUCGCCUACUUAAUACACCAGGUGUGUACGUUGCACUCUAACUUCCGUUCUUGAUUAACAGGUUUUAUAAAAAAAAGAAUCCUCUCGGUACUUCUCUGCUUGCAUAUGAUAAACGAGGCUUGAGAGAUUCCUUUUUGCGUUACCUUUUAAUCACAGGAAAGAUAGCGUGCACCCAAUAAGUGUACACCUUGAUUUAAAACCGAUGUCCACUGCCAAGAUUGUGCGCGAUUGGAAAACAAAAUUGAGGACAACUAAAAGGCUAAAGAUCAUUAGAAGCUGGGUCUUUUCUGAUGGCUAAGAAUUUUCCAAGUCCAGUUGCACUUGUUGAUGAAAUACGCGUUAGCAUCAGAUGAUUUUGUAAAUUCUUUGUUGAUCAGUUUGUAACUGGACUGUUGCUGAAAAUUCCUGAAAAUCUCUUAAAAAUUUUGCCUAACUGAUAGUAAUUUUCUAUUGUGUCUCUGAUCAGCCCUGGAAAAACUUGAGCCCAGGAAUUUGAAUGCAUUUUAAUCUGUGGAUAUAGGUGCAUUGGGAAAGUACUAUAAUUUCAGUGGGUCAUUAUUGCUGUACAUAAAUCAGCCACUUUUUGCUUGUUUUAUUUUUCACGUGCUCACCUCUUGUUUCAUUUGAAAAUCCGUUAAAUACGUAUGGGACAUUCGAAGGGUUCAGUUUCCAACUGUUCCAAUCAAUGAAUUCAACAAAAGCCAUCUUGUUCCUAUCGCUGAUCCAUUCUGUAUAGGAUUCCUCGCGGUGAGAUGGAAAAGUUAAUCAGUACGCUUCGCGAUAACGAUAUUUGUUGUGGAAAAGGUAUGCCGAGAGACUUAAUAGAGAGACUUUGGCACGUGUACAUAAAACUAUUUAACAAAGUCUCGUUGCAGAAAGAAACUAUAUUUCUAAUACGCGCAGUAGGACUGAAUAAUUGCUUGCUAUAACUUUCUUGUCAGUAUAAAGAAAAAGAAAAUACAUAUAAUAUAAAUCUUGUGAAAAACGCUAUGUAUUCGCAAGUUACCAUCCGGUGCAGAUAUGCGUUGAAUAUACAAUAGACAAAGAUAAAAUAUUAAACGUUUUUUAAUAUUAACGCAUUAAUAAAUUAAUCUGUUACGUUGAAACGAUGAUGAUGAUUGAUUAUAACAGUUACACGUAGGGAAUAUAACAUUUAUAUAUUUAUAUAUAUUUAUAUAUACCAUACGUAUAUAUAUACAUAUAAAUAUAUAUUAUUAAUUUUUAAUUAAUUAUUAUUAGCGACUAUUAUUAUUGUUAUUAUUAUAAAAUAAAGUUUAAGACACGUUAUUCGAAUGUUAUUUGAUUAAAGCCGAUCAGCAGAGGGCAUACAAACAUUUCCAAGUAUCUUCACUACAAUUGCUUUCUAAGUACAGAUUUCAAAAUUGAAAAAUGGUAGCACAAAAUGGAAAGUCAGACAGUGUAGAAGAUUAAUUGUUUCUUUUUAUUAAUUUUUUUUUUUUUUUUACCAAAGUAAGAGUAUAAAUUAUGUGAAUCACUCAGAGUGAAAAAGGUCUGCAGAAAUAAAACAGAACUCUGAUUCUUAAUGGCAAUUGUAGCUCGUCUGUAAAUUUGUCUCUGGAUCGUUUUCUAUUUGCCUUAAAUGUAUCAUUGUAACUACUACUCCAAGCGUUGUUAAAUGAUAUUUUUUUACUCACUCUUAUAUUCUGAUAAUGUUACAAAGGUAUGGAAUGUUAAGGAGAGUAUGGAAAGUUAGUCUUUUAGAGUCAGAGAGUACAGCAAAAAGAAUUUUAUUUUGUUUGCUUCUCACUUUAAAUUACAUUUCACACUAUACGCUUGCACCUGUAAGGCUCUGAACAAAAGUCACCUUGGCUUCAAACUUCAUUUUCACUCUGGUUCUUAGGUACUACGUUUCCGUACUAAAUUCGUUAUAAGACAUUGCAUGUCGUUAAUUAUUAAUAUUAAAGGAACAUUCGAGUACCUAAUAAUAAUUGAAAAUUAAUAUCAAAGUGAAAAUGGUACUUAAAAUUAUAUACGCACAUAUUGAUAGAAGUAUUUCUGUGGUGCUUGGCUUAUAUUAGAUAACAUAUUCUCUUGCACACAAACUCACAAUGUUCUUUCAAAGACAAAACGAAUACUCAGGUUUACCUUCACACAAUAUUCUCAUUCUUUUUUAUGAAUGAAGAUUAUAUCAACUGUUCUUAGAGAAUAAAUUAAUCAUUAAUCAAUGUCAAUGGUACUAAAUAUUGUUCUAAUUUCAACAUGCUAAGUGAUGAAAACAAGCAAGCUCUUCAAGAGCACACUAUUUGCGGCUGAACCACCAGCACGUAGCUCUCACUUAAUAUUUCACUGCAUUUGUUGAACCAUUCGGUUAAUUAGGAUUACUUGCGUGUUUUGUAACUCGCCGCUCUCGCUCGUAAAUCGAUUUAUAUCAUAAGAUCUACAUACAUGAUAUUCAGAAAGCACUUUGCAAUAUAUUGCAUUGAUUCAGUGGAAUUCUGCACGGCUGACCAUUCGCAGAAUCUAUCACUGAAUCGCGUUGCGCCAAUCCUUGUCUCGUACUACUGACCGGUGGCGCAUCAGUCACGGAGUAUUCUACUAGCACGCGUCUGACCAAACGCGCGAUAUUCUACUUCCGUACGUCUGACCAGACGCGCGGUAUUCUACUGACCCGAGGCCGAGUCUUUUCAGUACAUUCUACUUACGUUGAUGUUCUCAUACAUUCUUGAAGGCUUAUACAGAAUAUUCUAUCGACUUAUGUAACGCUUAAUCAGUGUUUUACUCUUUUUAUGACACAAUUCAUAGAAUACUCUCUAAUAAAAUCAGUGUUAUUACAUGUCGUUAACACUUUGAAUUUUCAAAUUGUUGAAGAUUGUAAAGAAACAAUGCUAGGCGUAAAUCGAGGACCUUACUUUAUCAGAUGUAAAAAGGAUGUUCAAGUAGCGGUUCUCAUUGUAAUAUUUAACGAGGGUGAAAUUUCGAAAAUGUUAUUAUCUUGCGUUGCAUGUUACAAAGCUAUUCUCGGUUUCUGCUUAUAUGAAUCUCUGUUAAUUUUUUUUUUUUUUACUUUCAUUUUCUCCACACAAUUCAUAACAAUCGAAUUUCGCUGACUUACGCAUCUAAUCUCACAUGAAUAUAAUCUUAUAUACAUAUUAUGGAGGGUUUCUAGUUUUAAUGUACAGUUUCUUCUUUUGGUGAUUAUGGAUAUUCAGGCACUUUUUAGCUUUAUGAAAUAUUGCUUUUACACAAAGUGAUCUAUGUAUGUCAAAGAAAUUGUUUAUAACUAGAGCAGUACAGUGAAGAAAUAGAUUGACAAAGGAGACCAAGUAUCAUUAGUUAAAAGGUGCCGAAAAGGUAUAGUAACGGUGUUGUUAAAAAUUGGGACAAAUAUUUAAAGUAAACGAAUUUAAUUAAACUGAUUAUCGAGAAGUGGUGUACUGCUAAGCGCGUACUGCUCGUUGCGUUCAGUUAUAACCAUGAU